UCGGCCAUCCACCGGAGAUGGGCGCCGCCGGCAAGCCUCCUCCCCUCGUCUGCUUCAAAUGGCCGUGGGGCCCUAAUCCUAUCCCAUCGGCGAGCUCCAGCCCCAGCCCCUGCGGCGACCUCGAGCUCCCCUGGCUCUUCAAGUCCAUCCGCACCCUCGCGCAGGGCCUCCUCAUCGCCGGCGACAUCCCCUCCCCCGCCUCUUCUCCCAGCGGAGGAGUAAGGGGCGUUCAGAGGCGCACGGGUGCCGCGGUGGUGGAGGUGGACCGCGGGGACGCUGAACAGCGCGCCCUGGCGGCAUCGCUCGCGAGCGGGAGGCCCGCCACGGUGCUGGAGUUCUACUCCCCGCGCUGCCGCCUGUGCGCCUCUUUGCAGGGCCUCGUUCGCGAGCUCCAAGACGGUGCCAGUGGCUCCGCCAGUUUCGUGCUCGCUGACGCCGAGGACGACCGGUGGCUCCCCGAGGUCAUCUACAAACAAGAAUGUUUGCAGUCCCUCACAAAAAGGAAGAUAGACCCACCCAUAGCAGCAAUAACACAACUAAAACAUUAUCUGAUGGACCUACAGCUUCUGCAUUAUGAUAUCAGAUACGUCCCUUGCUUCGUGCUCCUGGACAAGCACGGUAGAGCUCUAGCGAAGACUGGAGUACCAACCAGCCGGCAGCACGUUGUCGCCGGUCUCCAUCACCUCCUGAGGAUGCAGCAGCCAUCCGGACUGGAAGGAAACCAGAAUGCGCCUCCGUCAUGAAGCCCAAAUACCUGAGCAAGGCCUGUAUUGACAAAGAAAAAUUUUCAGAAUGUGCCUUUUGUUUUUGCAAGCAUGAACAAUGGGCAAACAUUGAUGCGUUAAUUCUUUAGCUGGUAAGUACAGAUUGAAGUUGGUGCAAAAGCAAAAGGCAGGUGGUAUUUUUUUUAUGAUAUCCGCCUUGAAAUAACCUUGGAAUUUGUCU